AUUCUGCAGCAUCAUACGUGUAUUUUUCCGGUCCUAGUCCCUUUCUAUUCUUCAGCUUCUGUUCGGUGGCGAGCUAUAGCGCACGGUUCUUAGUAAAGUGCCGGCACAAAAAUGAUGGGAUCACUUAAAAUCGUGUUAUUCUUAGGUGUAAUAUAUUUGUGUAGGGCGGCCGAAGAGGACGUGCUAGAUCUUACAGAUUCGGACUUUUCAUCUGUACUAUCUCAACAUGAUACGGCGCUGGUCAUGUUUUACGCUCCAUGGUGCGGGCAUUGUAAAAGACUUAAGCCGGAGUACGCGAUGGCGGCCGGCUUGCUGAAGGGCGACGACCCUCAGGUGACGCUGGUGAAGGUAGACUGCACGGAGGGCGGCAAGGCUACCUGCGAGCAGUUCUCCGUCUCCGGAUACCCGACCCUGAAGAUCUUCCGUAAAGGAGAAAUGUCUCAGGACUACAAUGGGCCUAGGGAAUCAAAUGGCAUUGUCAAAUACAUGCGCGCCCAAGUCGGCCCCAGCUCCAAGGAGCUCCUCACCGUGGCUGACUACGAGAACUUCCUCAAGAAGGACGAGGUCACUGUCAUCGGUUUCUUCGAGAAGGAGAGCGACUUGAAGGGAGAGUUCCUGAAGACUGCUGAUAAGAUGAGGGAGGAAGUCACGUUUGCGCACUCCAGCAAUAAGGAGGUCUUGGACAAGGCUGGUUACAAAGACAACGUGGUCCUGUACCGUCCCAAGCGCCUGCAGAACAAGUUUGAGGACUCGUCCGUGGUCUACUCCGGCGAUGAUACCUCUUCUCUCAAGGCCUUCAUCAAGGACAACUUCCACGGCCUGGUCGGCGUGCGGCAAAAGGACAACAUCGCCGAUUUCUCCAACCCCCUGGUGGUCGCGUACUACGAUGUGGACUACGUCAAGAACCCCAAGGGCACCAACUACUGGAGGAACCGUGUGCUCAAGGUCGCCAAAGAGCUCCCCGAAGUGACUUUCGCCGUCAGCAGCAAAGACGAGUUUACCCAUGAGCUGAACGAGUACGGGAUCGAUUUUGCCAAGGGAGACAAGCCUGUCGUAGCUGGCAGAGACGCUGAUGGCAACAAGUACAUCAUGUCCGCUGAGUUCAGCAUCGAGAACCUCCUUCAAUUCACCAAGGACCUGCUCGCCGGCAAACUGGAGCCCUUCAUCAAGUCCGAGGCCGUCCCUGAGCACAACGACGGCCCCGUCAAGGUCGCCGUCGGCAAGAACUUCAAGAGUCUAGUCACGGACAGCGGCCGUGACGCGCUCGUCGAGUUCUACGCGCCUUGGUGUGGUCAUUGCCAGAAGCUUACACCAGUGUGGGAAGAGCUGGGAGAGAAGCUAAAGGGUGAAGAGGUCGACAUUGUCAAGAUCGACGCGACGGCCAACGACUGGCCCAAGUCUCUGUACGACGUGUCAGGAUUCCCCACCAUCUACUGGAAGCCAGCCGAUGGCAAGAAACCCAUCAGAUAUAAUGGUGGGCGUGCCCUGGACGACUUUAUCAAGUACAUCGCGGAGCAGGCCUCCAGCGAGCUCAAGGGCUUCGACAGAAAGGGCACCGAGAAGAGGGACGAGCUGUAAUCCUAGCAAACAGAUCUGAAGGCACCGCUGGUCGCUACUUGUCUCUGUCGCACUGCACUGGAAGAAUGAGGUGGAUGUACGUUUGAAAGCUUCGGCCUACUUUUCUAUUUUGAAGCGUGUCUCUUCCACUCA